UUUUUAACACCUUUACUUUUCUGCCAAACAUUACAUAAUGAUACGACUCCGCUUUCUGAUUGGCUGAGCGCCCUGUCAAUCUAUGACGCAGCGUCCAAUGACAGCACGCGGCAGGCGAUACAAACUGGCAGCGGCCAUGUUGUGUCUCCGGGGGCCUGGAGCGACGUCCGGUAGUAAACACUAGGUGACGUUACCAGCCGCUCGGCAGUUCGCAGGAAACUGACCGCAGCUGGAAGCCAUGAGCCGUCCGUCCUCAGCCGGAGCCGGAGGUGGAGGACUCGGGGCUGGGAAAGCAGGCGGAGGAAAGCACGGGGGAGCGGGAAGCGCCGCUGCCUCCGCCGCAGCAGCAGCCGCCGCGGCCGCAGCGGCCGCCGGCGUGGGCUCUGUGGCCGGGUCGGUCUCUGCCACCCCUUCCUCCGCUGUGUCCCUGACCUCAGCCGGUUUGCCCGGGCAGUCCCCGGAGCUCACGGCACUGUUCGAGUGCCCGGUAUGCUUCGACUACGUCCUGCCGCCCAUCCUGCAGUGUCAGGCGGGUCACCUGGUCUGCAACCCGUGCCGACAGAAGCUAAGCUGCUGCCCGACCUGCAGAGGCCCGCUCACCCCGAGCAUCCGGAACCUGGCCAUGGAGAAGGUGGCCUCCACACUGCCGUUCCCCUGCAAGUACUCGUCAGCCGGCUGUCUGCUCACUCUCCACCACAGCGAGAAGCCCGACCACGAGGAGGUGUGUGAGUUCAGACCGUACACCUGCCCGUGUCCCGGAGCGACCUGCAAGUGGCACGGCUCGCUGGAGGCCGUCAUGCCGCACCUGAUGCACGUACACAAGUCCAUCACCACGCUGCAGGGGGAGGACAUCGUCUUCCUGGCGACGGACAUCAACUUGCCAGGCGCCGUGGACUGGGUGAUGAUGCAGUCAUGUUUCAGCCACCACUUCAUGCUGGUCCUGGAAAAGCAGGAAAAGUACGAAGGCCACCAGCAGUUCUUCGCUGUUGUCCUGCUCAUCGGCACCCGCAAACAGGCCGAGAAUUUCGCCUACCGACUGGAGCUCAACGGCAACCGACGGAGGCUCACCUGGGAGGCCACGCCGCGCUCCAUCCACGAUGGGGUGGCGACUGCCAUCAUGAACAGCGACUGCCUGGUGUUCGACACCUCCGUUGCACAUCUGUUUGCAGACAACGGUAACCUGGGGAUCAACGUCACCAUCUCCAUGUGCUGAGGGAGCAGGAGGUGUUAAAGGCAGCCACAGUCACACACAGAAGACGGACAUCAUGGAGACACAACACAGGAUCGGUUUGGGAGCCAGGGAGGCGACGAGUUCGCCUUCUGCCUCGUUCUGUGGUUACAGGGACUGUAAACGGCCUGCGAUGUUGGUGGAGCAGCUGGAUGAGCAGUUGCAGUCCUUUAUGAGGACAAACAGAACAUCUGGAGCAGUGUUAACCUCAGCAGGGACAGAAGACCAGCUCCACGCUGCGUGAUGUCUGUGUUUGGUCUUUGAUGAAGUGUGGGACAGGACGGCUCUUCCUUCAGUUGGGUGCCAGAGAAGCAGUGGAAGAAAUCUCCACCAGUGAAGAGGCCUCCGUCCUUCUUGGAUCAGUUGAAAAGAGCUCAGGCCUGCUGCUUCUCCCGCCUGGACGUUUGGACUGAUGAGGGACUGAGCUGUCCAGAGUCUGUUCACCUGAGCAGAAAGGAGGAGACCGAUCGAUGCAGCACCCCCACCACCCUCUGCCAGGCUCACUGGACUUCUGUUCACAAUAUUCUGAUCUUUGCUGGCAGUGCCGGUGCUUUCAGUCAGGGUUGAGUCUGCGGUGGUCUCGACGGCCGUUGAGGUUUUUGUUUGAGCUGCGUGGGUAGUUGGCUUACUGCAGAUGUAUCUGUAAGAUGUGUGUGUGUGUGUGUGUGUGUGUGCUGAUACUGUAGAACAGCAUACGUUAUCAUAUUUCCACCAGCAGCUGAGCCCAGCUGUCAGGAUUUGAAAUGUCCUUUUCUACAGAUUCAGCCAGUGAUGUGCAGACAGUUGGGAAAAUAAAAACUUCUCAGGAAAUGGAAACCUGUGAUCCGACCCCAAAGGCCUCGACGCCGCCGCUUGAAAAAGGCUGCUGGCAGUUGAAGUAAAGCAGAAUCAUGUGAACAUGAGUGUUCGAUAACUUUGUGCUAAAGGGGCUGAGUGGAAGGUUGCUGGUUCGGGUCCCUGGAGCAGUCUUCAGUGUUGGGACUGUUGGGACUUCUGUUCACUGUAGGCUGGUCUCACAUUUUGGAGGUCAGUGUUUGACCUCUGUGGCAAUGGGCUGAACUGUGGAAUCCAGUUAAUCCUCAAACCUCUGUUAAUCUCAGAUAAAAGCAGUGAAAUGGAGGAAUAAUCCUCCCACCCCUCUUCUGCAGUUUGUUUAGCCGCCAGCGCCUUACUUUUCUACUACCAACCUCCUCUACUUCCUGUUUCUGAGGGAGUCAUGGUGCUGAUGUGCUUCACCUGACAUCAGUUUGUUUUUAGGGUUUUUUUCACUGAACACCUGCCCAGGGAAAUACAACCGCAAAUGUUUUGCAGAACUGAUAUAAGAAGAUGUAUUUUAAAAACUGUUAGCUUGUUUAAAGCCACGGCGAGAUGGACAUUAUUAUCUUCAGAAGCUCAUGCAUCAAAUAUCCCAACAUUCCUUGUCUUUGUAGCAACUGACCAGGAAGAAACCAACUUCAACAGAUACCUCAGACCACAGACACGUCUGUAACUGAACCGUAAACCCCUCAGACCGCGGCGGCGUUUCCUCCGUGUUUAGCGAGAAAAAACCUCGACCCCUGAUGGAGACGAUUAGAAGUUUAAAUCGUCCAUCGUCCGAAUCAGAUCUGUUUCCAAGUCCUCAACCUCUCCGAGAUUACAGACCCAAAAACCUAAGGGCACGUAAAUAUUAACAAAAAGUAAAUGAACAAAUGAGCAAAAUGAGCGAGUUUUCUUAAUCUGUUGCUUAUUAGCUACAAAUAUACAUUUUAGCUAAGAUACAUUGGUGUAUUGGACGUUUGUUUUCUGGCUAACUAAUUAAGAUCUUGGCUAAGAUAAAUUAGCGUGCUAGAAAACAAACAUAAUCUAGACGGGUUAUUCUAGCCAAGAUUUUAUUUAAACAGCUACUUCACAAGCAACAGAUUAUAUAAGAAAACAGUUUUUAUUAUGUCACAGUGCAACUUUCAUGUGACAAAUGAAACAGAUGAUCAGUUGUUGUCUUUAUUUAGUUCCUGAUUAGUGGAGUUUUUGUGAAGUUUCGUGACUGCAGUGUGAACACAUACGGUUAUUCUGACCGCCGAAUAAUAAACACAGUGGAAACGCUGCUCUGAUCAUCACUUCCGCUUAACGAUCCAGUGACUUUCUAUAAAAAUGUUUGAAAGUAUUGUAAAUGAAGUCAUGACGACAAUAUAUUUUCUAAAAACAAAGGACUGCUGCGUUUAUUCCUUGUGCUAAUUUUGACAUGUAUUUGUGUUCGCGUUUGUCAAGCUGUGCAGAGACUUUUGAUAGUAAUUUUCUAAGCUGGUUCUGAUGUUAUAAAUACUCCUGCUGUAGUCUGAUGAAGCGUCACCUCGACAUCAAAACAAAGUCACAGUCAGCUUCCAUCCAGCCGUAGCUUAGCUGCUCUGCAUGGAUCUGGCCUUGGUGGCUUCGUAACAUUAGCUGAUAAAGUGACUGGCAAACUGUGUGCAAACCCGGAGCCUGGAUAAGCCUGUGUUAUCUAACAGUUAGUCAAUUUGCUGCCUUUGCCAGCUACAACCACAAUAAUGUAUUGAACACAGUUUGCAAUGAUGUUGGCUUUGGCCUUUGCUGACGUUAGCAGACACGGUUUCCAAGCUACCGUUAGCUGGCGCUCUAAUGGCGCAAAGAGAGGCAGGAAGUGCGCACACAAGUCACACCCUGUGGAUGGUUACGCUUCACGUUGUUAGACAGAGGACCUUUUCUACUAUGUGAAGCCAAUCAGCUGUUGAGAGUUUCUGUUGUGGGCUGAAACGAAUCCACUGAGCGUCUGCUGGCAUCACCUUUACAUCACCUGUGAUACGAGGAUGCUUUGGUUCAACAUUUCUUCGUUUCCUGUGUUCUGCUCAGUUCUGUGACAUUUCUGUAAUAAAUGUUUGCAGUUUCUU